AUGGCGAUUGGGCCAGGCAGUAUGCUAGCGGAUCCAUGGUCGCGCUGGCGUUGGGGUGGUAGCGUGAAAGGUUUCCUCCGCGGUAUCAAGUCCCGAAGUGCGCCACAUCGGACUUGUAGCGUGGCCUGGCGCCUGGGCAGUGGGUGCGACAUGUGCUGGCCCACCGCCAGAGUGCGGCGCUUUCAACGGCGCAAUGCUACCUGUCUUCUGGAAGGCCGAGAAUCCAUGUCGGAUCAAAAGUGGGACGUGGCCCAGAAGGAAUACCGUGUGCUUGUCGGCAUCUUCCCUCGGGAUCCGCUAGAGUCAAUGGGUAAAUCCAACGCGCGCCUGUGCAGAUCGAGGUAG